AGAGACUUCUCAUUUCCCUCAUACCUUUUGCCAUCCCUAUUUUUUUCUCUCUCUCUCCCUCUCUAAUUCUUUACAACUGCUUUUCUCCUCCCACCAAGAACCAAAAUUCAUUUAGUUAAGAAGAAGAAAAAAACACCCUUUUUGAAAUAAAUAACAUUAUACCCCCAAAGUUCAUCAAGAUUAUCUCAAAAUCACUCACAAUUAUCCAUUUUUGUUAUGGAGCUAUUUCCUUCACAACCUGACUUGUACUUGAAAAUCAGCAGAAGAAGAGAAGAAGAAGAAGAAGAAGAAGAAGAAGAAGAAGAAGAAAAAGAAAAUCAAGAACAAGAACAAGAAGUUGAAAGGAGAUUAUUAGGGUUUCGGAGUAAAGCCUCAGAUUCAGACAGAGAGUCUUCUGGCAACCUCAUCCACGCCCUCCAGUUCACAUCUUCAAAGAGUGAACCCAUCAAGACUGAUAAUAAUCAAGAACACAACGAAUCUCUCGAUCAAGACUUGCGAUCUAUGUUGAUGAUGAGACCAAUAAGAGGAAUUCCUCUUUACAAGAAUCAAGUUCUUGACCACUACUAUUACUCAUCUACCUCUCCCUCUCCUUUCUUCUUCAGUGAAGUCAAUGGCCAACACGCUAGUCGUCGCAUAAUCACAAACCCUAAUUGUAGUUAUAAUAUUCACCACCGUAAUCGGCGUCAAGCUCAGCCGCAACCGCCUAGAUUCACGGCCAAACGAGGGGUAAGGGCUCCAAGGAUGCGGUGGACGGCGACCCUUCAUGCCCAUUUUGUACACGCUGUUCAAUUAUUGGGUGGUCAUGAAAGAGCAACCCCAAAAUCAGUACUUGAACUGAUGGAUGUGCAAGAUCUCACAUUGGCUCAUGUUAAAUCCCAUCUACAGAUGUAUCGGACCAUCAAAUCUACUGAAAAACCUACAACGUCAUCAGGGCAGUCAGAUACUUGUGAGAAUGGAACACAAGUAAACAGUGAGAGAGAAGCAAGGGAUCUCCAAGGUCUUUGGAAUAACUCCUCAAGUGAAGCUCGGUUCCAUUUAAAGGCAAAGGCAUCAUCAGGUGUGGACAUUUCAUCCAAUGAGAAUAUAUGGAAGAAUAUUGAUGGAAAAUGUUCAAGCAACGAACGACUAUCGUCGGAUUCUUCAAGUCUCACAGGGACAAGACCAGAGACUGAAACUCCCAAUCUGGAUUUCACUUUAGCUACACCGAAUCUUUCAGCUCCUUAAAUUUCUAUAUAUUUAUACUAAAAAUUGUCUAUGGAAAAAAGACAAUAUAUAUGCUUACGGUAUGAAAAAAAAAGUAUAUGAAAAUAGCGUUUAUUUCUUCAAAUAUUUAUUUGUAGUUUUGUCUGUUAAAACUUAAAUUGAGAUGCCUUUUCUUUUUCUUUCUUUUUGGGUCAUUAAUUUGAGAUGCUUUAUAUAUACAGACUUCUUGUCGCGAAUGGAAUAAUAAUAUAUUUUUUUU